GAAGAUGGCUCCACCUGAGCCAGAGAUUGCAAUGAUGAAGUGGUACGAGGUGAAGCCGAACUUCUACCUGAGCAAGAUGGUUUCCCGACUCAAAGAGGCCACCGAUCGAAAGGAGAUCACGCGUUUGCUGCUGGGUUUCCAGAUCAGAUUCUGGCACGCGCCUGCGCCGGACAUGAUUGUGUUUCUCAAGAGCGCAGACUGCUGGACUAAGACUUCGGCAGGAGUCAUCACUCUGGCGAGUUUAGCUUGCACGGUUUGCAGAGACCACGCUCGUCCACAGACAAAACCACGGGCAGGAAUCACUGUUCCACUUCGAUUCAAUCAUCGGCUACACCUGGAUAUCAUCUUCAUGCGGGACAAAGCGCGGCUUCUCGUCAUCAACGAACUCUCUCGAUAUCAGGUGGCAGAUGUUAUUGCAGAUCGGACUCCGGAAGAGCUCUUGACUACCAUCCUGAGAUGUUGGAUCCGGUACUUCGGGCCGAUGCAGGCAAUGGUCCUGGAUCAAGAAGGUGGACUCGUGUUAGAACUAAGUUCGAGGACGUGCGACAAAAUGAACAUCCAGAGGCGGUAUGCCGGCACCGACGAUCACUAUGGCAUGCCUCAUGGAGACAUGGAUUCAACUGGUACGAUUGCCAUGAAGCUCAAUUGGACACGUGCCAUGCAGGGCUUGGAGAUAUCCGAUGUUGAGUUCGUGCAGGAGGCCGCCAUGGUCUCGAAUAGCAUGGUCAGCUACGGUGGCCAGACUGCGUCUCAGGUGGUCCUGGGCUUCACGCCGAAUGACCACUACGACCUGGAGGCCACUACCCUGGACUCCGCGCAUGGCGCAGACGUCAGUUGCCCAGACCCCUUCGCUGCAGCGGUCAGACUUCGCCCCCUUGCGAAGUCGGAGAUGGCACGCGCGAUCGUCGAGGUAGGUGACAGCGUGGACAUCUACGGGGCUUCAGAGCGCAAGGACCAGUCGGGCUGGCGUGGCGCGGCGGAGUUGGUGAAGAUCUCAGAGGGCACGGUCGACCAGAACCUAGACACCUUCAGGAGGCCGAGGGACAUCGUGGACGGCAACGUUUACGGCCAUGUGGCGCGGCUUGGAAAAACGAUUGGCUCGGACGGAAAGAUGAAGCGCAUACCAUACGCCAAGACCUCAAUGAACAUUCAGUCUUGGAAUUUGAGCAUGAGAACGUACAAGACCGUCUUCCAACUGAAAGGUAUUGAUGGCAUCCUAUGUGGCGCGUCACUGCAACGGAUUCCGUCGCUAUGUGGCGUCAAUAUCGGUCUGCUGGCACCGUGGGAAAGGAAAGACCACGCCAACUACUUCACCAUCGAGGUGGAUCCGAGCAAAGGAGCGGUCAUCAACAGUCUGGCUGCUCCUAAGUGGGAGAACACGUCAUUCCUGAUGUGCCACUCGAUGCCUUCUUUUUCGGACCCUUUCUGCGAUGGGCAUCGAGUGCCAGACCUGGAGGAUCCUCCCCGCAUCGAAGCAGAGCCUGACAGCAUCAGAGAGUGGACCGCGACGUGGCGGACAUGA